AUACAAAAAAGAAACGAAAAAAAAAAAAAACAAGUAAAAUCAAAACAGUGAAAGAAAUAGAGACAGAGAGCGCUUAGCCGUGGCGUGCUAGAGCGAGACAGUGCAAGACUUUCGCACAGAUACAAAGCAGAGAAAAAAGAAAGAAAAACAAGAAAAUAAAUUGCAAAAACAAAAGAGAUUCAAAUCAACAAGUUGUUUCUCACAGUUCUAAUUGACAUUACACAAAUAACAGAUAAAACAAAGCUGCAAAUAUGGAGUAUGAGAAAAUGUUAUACCAGACAAAUGCCAGCGAGAUGCCGCACAGCUGCAGCACCCAGUUCAAGCUAGCCGCAGAACAGUUCCCGACGGACUCCUAUGCGGCCUACGCCUAUGCGGACAACUUCGAUCUGUCGCUGCUGCCGGAGGACGCGGGCAUACCCACCACAGUCUAUCAGUACAACGCGCCGCAGAUCAAAAUCGAAAGCGCCUGGGAGAUACAGGAGCAGCCAGUGAGUACAUCGUAUGCUCCAGCCAACCCCUGCUCCAGUGUUAGCUCCAGCGGCAGCUCAGGCCACCAGCUGAUACCACCACCCGCCUAUCCGCACAGCGCCUACCCCUCGCCGCAGUCGAGCCCGCAGCAGUCGGAGUUCGCCUCGUUCAAGUACGACUGCCUGAGCAGCCCGUGCCCCUCGCUGGAUGCGAGCAGCAUCAAGCAGGAGCUGCACAUUUUGCCACCCUCGCCCCCCGAGUCCAACUGCGAGACGCCCUCGCCACGCAGCGACACCAGCAGCAGCAGCAGCAGCAGCAGCAGCAGCAGCAGCAGCAUCAAGGCUGAGCCACUGGAUGCCGAGUUGGAGAACUAUAUAGAUUUGAAUACGCUGCAGCAGCAGCUGCUGGACAUCAAGCCGAACCAUCAGGCGCUGCGCGAGUGCCUCGAGGACACGACAUUCCAGCGCAAGCACAAUCUGAAGCCCCUGGCGCUGGAGUCCUUCAUUGGCGGGCUAGCUGAGGUGCGAGGUGACUUUGAGCCGGUCAUUUCUCUGGCGCUGGAGCAUGCCAAGCGCGAGGCGGACGCCAUUUGUGCAAAGCUGCAGAUAUCGCAGGAUCCGAAUGCCUGGACAGCUGCCCAGGUACACGCAUGGCUACGAUCCACCUUGGCACAGUUCAAGCUGCCCCCGGUUGACAACUUGGAGCUGCAGUUCAGCGAAGACGGUGCUGCUCUGGCAUUACUCAGCGAGGAGGAAUUCCAGCGACGAUUGCCCGAGAGUGGCAGCACGCUGCACGCACAGCUGGAGAUAUGGAAGAUGGCCUAUGCAGAUCAGCUGGGCAACGAAAUGGAGGCCACAGCGCCAGCCGGCAACGAUAUGCUAUGGGGCUAUCAGCCGCCCAAUGUGGAGCAGGACGAAAGCGAAGAUGAUGAGGACAUGGAGUCCGCUCUGCCGCUAGCCACAGCCACAGCCACUGGCACUGGCACUGGCACACCCACAUCGACGGCGGCCAAGCGCUCGGGCGGCGCACGCAACGGCGGCAGCUCGCACAUUCACCUGUGGCAGUUCCUCAAGGAGCUGCUCGCGGCGCCGCAGGUAAACGGCACGGCCAUACGCUGGAUCGACCGCAGCAAGGGCAUCUUCAAGAUCGAGGACUCGGUGCGCGUGGCCAAGCUGUGGGGCCGGCGCAAGAAUCGGCCGGCCAUGAACUACGACAAGCUCUCGCGCUCCAUACGCCAGUACUACAAGAAGGGCAUCAUGAAGAAGACGGAGCGUUCGCAGCGUCUGGUCUAUCAGUUCUGCCAGCCGUAUCAUCAGUGAGCCAGUGAGCCAGUGGAACCAGUUCCAUUUAACUAGUUCUAAGUGUAUUUAUUUUGGUAGUCGUAAGCCCGUAACCCCCCACCAACCAGCACAAACUUUGCCCCGCCACUAUGCUCGACUAGGCAACCGAGUCUAGCGAGUGUUAGUGUCUGUACAUACAUCUAUAUCUAUACGUCUAUAUCUCACUCUAUAUGUAUAUCUAUAUCGAUAUCUAUACAUAUACAUAUAUAUAUACGUCUCUGUAGCACCGUCUAGGCACGAAGGUAAGUUCGUGCAGUUAAGUUGGACUCCGCGUGAGUUCGCCUCUAGUUGUUUAGGCUCAAGCCAAAGGCAGCUGGCGAAGGUAAGUUCGCCCUGUCGCGGCUUUAAGUUAAUCAAUCUCAAUCAAUCAAUCGAUCAAUUUUUUAUAUUGCAUGUGGGCGUGGCAGCUAACUGCAUAUGUUUGACUUACCGGCGACAUCUUUAUUCAAAUGUUGACUCUGCCAGUGCUUGCGCCCGUCACGAUUUCCCCCCGCCUCGAGCUCUGUUUAGGGUUUGUUUUGUUGGCAGGUGCCAGUCCGCUUCGGAUGCUGCGCACACAUAAGACCAGCACAAGCUUGGGCCGAGGCCCAGGGGGCGUGACACCCGGGGGCGGUGAGCACUGGGCACUGAGCAGCAGCUGAAGGUGUUGCGGUAAUUUUAG